AAAAUUUGUUUACAUGAAGCAUUGUGGCACCCGAGAAUUUUUUUGGAAAAAAUAAUUCAAUAUUUGUACUUUUUUAGUAGAAAAGUAUUUUUCAAAUGUUAAUUGUGUUCACUGUCAGUCCUGUCAGUCUGUUUGAAAUUUGUUAUUUUUAAAAUUUUGUGUCCAGACGUCAAAUGGCUUGUACUACUCGGCGUUUGAUACAGUUUAAUUUGUGCAAAAAAUGUACAAAAAGAUGCGUGCCAAGAUUUCUGACCACAGAAGCACAAGGUUUGCUUUUAUCGUAUUAUCAAAAAUUACUGACAUUUUAAUGCAGUUUAUCAUUUAUGAAUGUUACAUGUGAAUUGUAGGGGUAAGGGUGGAGUAAGUGGGUCAGGUGGGGUCAACUCUAAAAACAAAACACAGUUUAUAUCAGAGUGAAUCGAUUGUUUGGUAAUAGCCUUGUGUUUGGUGGCAAAUACGUGGGAUUUCGUAUCAUUUUUUCACUCCAGUACAGCAUAAGCAUCAAUACAUUUGAGGUUGACCCCCUGUAGUGAAAGCCAAGAAUAGCCAUGACUGAAUAGGCCCAUACCUGUCUUGACACACCUCCCGGACUGUAAUGUUUGGUCUUUUGGAACACGUACCUGUGCAGAAAUUUUAGCUGAAUUUCUGCCUGUGUGUGCAUUUUCAAGAAAAUCCUACAAAAUCAGCAUUUUUUUUAUGAACUGAUGAAACAGAUUUAUUUUGUCUCUUACGUGUUGGGUCUUGCGAAAAGGGGUAGAGAAAACUUUGAAAAUGUCAUUUCAUACAAUCUAGAGACUUUCCCACUCGACACCAACCAUGUGGUCGUUGUGGAAGUUAGGCAACCAUUCUCAAAUGUUCAUCGAGGGGAGAUUGCCUAUAUACCAUGCACGAUUUGGAGUGGCUUUAUUAUGGCACUCAGUUGUAACACUGUUCAACUUUGACAAUUUCCGACAACAGUGACAAUUUUCCAACAAUUUCCGACAACAUUAACAAUUUUCCGAUGGGUCUCAACAAUGGGGGGGGGGGGGCAUGCCCCCGGCCACGGCGCCACUGACACUCUUACAAGUGUUACACAGUGUUAAACAAUGUUACAUAUUCUUACAUAGUGUUCCAGUGCUACAUAGUGUUACACAGUGUUACAUAGUGUUACACGUUGUUACAUAGUGUUCCACAGUGCUACAUAGUACUACAGAGUGUUACAUAGUGUUACACACACUAACCCUAACCCCACCCCUACCCCUAAAUAAAGAUUGUGUAACACUUGUUACGUAACACUGUUACCUGAGUAUAUACUUGAUAAUACAAUUGCCUGGGUCAUUUCAAGAAAACAUGCACAUGACCACAGAGGAAAUUAUAUGCUGAUCUUCCUCUCAAUCCUCUUUUGACAUCCUGGAACAUGUUGCUAUUAUUAGAGAUUCCCCCCUUCCUAUUCCCCAGACAGUGCAAAUUUUCUCCACAGCGAGGGUGUGGAUUUAUUCUGGAAUGACCAAUUCUUCACAUUUGUAUGUCUUUCAGAAAUACCACUACAGCUAGAAGAAUAUGAAUUUGAAGAUAUGGAAUACAGUGAACAAGAAAUCUUGUAUCCACAUCAUAUUCCUACCACUUGGUUUCAGAAAGGUUUACUCGCUGUUGGAUCUGGUCUGGCUGCCUUUGUUGAUCCAAAAAGAGAUGGUUAGUUGGAAAAAUACCAUCUCUGGGUAUUAGUUGAAAGACUGUAUGUCUUCCAGAUGAGGUGCCCUACUCAGUGGCAGUGGGUGGGGGGAGGAAAGAAAAAAUAUUUUUCAAACCAUAUUCAUAAAAAAAGGGAACCUUCAAAAAAUUUUCUGGACUAUCACAAGUAAAAAAAAAAGUUUCAAAAAUUUUUCCCCAUCCAUGUCUACUAAAAAAAUGGGUCCAAAGUUCACAGUUUCACCAAUUCCUGCUUUUGGGGCCAUCUGUUGCAAAUUUUCUGGCCCUCUAUAAAAAAAAAUUAUGGUAAUUUUUGCCAGGGGCCUUUGUCUCUGGACUCCUGCCAGUUACACCACUGGCCCUACUUUUUCAUUGUAAACCUCUGAAUAUAAGCUCACCCAAAUAUAAGCCCACUCCCAUAUAUAAGCCCAUCAUAUUCACUAACUCUCAGGUCAUUCUGAAUAUAAGCCCCCCAAAUACAAGGCCCUCUGUGUAUAAGCCCUGGGCUCAUAUUUGGAGGUCUACGGUGUUUUACUCUGUUUAAUGCCAGACAAUUUUACUCAUGAAAGCAAGAGUGCUGAGACUCAAUGAGGUACAAGAAAUAUUUCACUGCUGCUACCAAGUGAAACUAUUCAAUAAUAUGGUUGACAUGUUAUUUAUAAUAUAAUAAAAACUGAUUAAACUAACUUCUUUAUGCCAGAUAGCUGCAGCAGUUCUAAAUUGCUCUCUCUCUCUGUCCCUCUAACGUCUCGUUUACACUUGCAAUUUUUGCUGUGAUUUUUUUCGUCUGAUGGAUAUGAACGAGUGGAUAAGUUAAUAAUGAAUAUUCAGAUGAGGGUACAUGUACUUCGAACAUUUGUAACUCAUCUUGAUCUACUCAUUUAUAUGCAUCAGAAGGAGAAAAUCACAGCAAAAUUGCAAGUGUAAAUGGGAACACCGCGGAAAAACGUCUGCGCAUGCGUUAGCUUUGUUUAUCAACUAAGCAACGACAAUUUCCGAAUUUUCGUUUGAGAUACAUUUCUUAAAAAAAAACUGUGUCGCCAAAUAUAAAAAAAUUUCGUGUUCACAAUAAUUAAACUUUAGGAUUUAUUCUACAAUUUGAGUGGGUUAAGAAGCUUAACUUUUCGAGAGUUUUCUUAACUUUUGAGUUUGAAUUUUUGUUUUGAAUAAUUUUGCAAAAAUUUUCGAAGUCGUGUCCGUUAAAAUCAACAAUUUUUACAUGAAUUAUAUUUCAUUCCAUACUUAAAAUGCCAGGACGCUUUCAAUUAAUGUCUAGUCUACCCAUUUGCUAUAUUUUCUCGUUUGUUUUACUAAUUUUUGACCAAUUAAUAAGCAUGUUUUUGUUUUAGAAAUUGAUAUUCAAAUUCCCCGCCAUAUUUUCAUAAUUUGGUGCAUGCGCAGACGUUUUUCCGCGGUGUUUAUACAUACAGUACCGUUUAAAAAGAAUCAUUUUAUGACAAUUUUAUGUUACUUCAAAACAUCUUUGGUUACAGUCGUGCAAAGAAUUACGUUAAAAUCAAGUUUUCAAAAAAGGCAUACAAAAGUGUAGCUAGGGUUUCUGUGUCUGUAGUAUAUUUAUUUACUUGUAUUUCACGUUUUAAUGCCACAAUUCCCUAAAAAGAUCGAUGACCCCCGUUUUUUAACUGAUAAUUUAUUUCUUCAAUGCAUUUUACAUUUCAUAUACGAAAUUAAAAGAAAAAUCAUUUCUGAAUCUUGAAAAAAAAUCCUUUAUCAAUGCAUGUUCUCAAAGAAAGAUAUGUAAAGAAAUGUGGAAAAGACAUUUGUGGAUCACAAUUGUACACGUUAGUAGUUUCAUUUUGCUCAAAACACAAUAUUUUUUCAAAAAUAAUUACAAGAUAGGUUUACUAAAGCAAAAUCCGCUCUAAAAACGUCAAUAAAUAUCGGCUGUUGUGAUUUUGCUGUUACUCGUAAUGAGCGUCAAGAUGGCGCUAUAUUGGGGUAAAGGUGGUAUAUAUUGUGAUUGUCAUAUCUUCUUAACGAAUUCGGUGACCCCGACUUUUUUGUGUGAUUUUACUUUAAGUAUAUCAUAAACUCCAUGCAUGGGAAGUCCGUUCACACUAUAAUACUAGGCAUCAAUAGGUUGAAUUGCAAUCACACUGAAACACUGUCUAUUGACUCACACAGAUAUGAUAGCUGUGCUAGGAGAGAGCACCGGGUAUCUUGCUUUAAAAAGAAUAAGAAGAUCAAUGCAGCUAGAUCGAGAGGGACAAAAAAUUCUGAGGUAAACUAAAACUCGAUCUGACGCCCAUAAUCGAAAAGCUCACUCACACUCUAUGAGUGGGUCAAUCUGAGCUUUUCUUGAGUGUUAAUGCUGUUUUUGAAUAGCUGGAGGGUAAGUAUAGUCACAUAGUAAGGUACAACACUCACCUUCCAGUUAUUCAAAAACAGCAUUGACACUCAAGAGAAGCUCAGAUUGAACCUCCACUCAUUGAGUGUGAGUGUGAGUGAGCUUUUAGAAUACGGGCGUGAGUUAAUUAAAACUAGGUAACAUUACAGAAACAUUUGAACAAUAUUCCAAUGUGUCUUAGACCUUGACCUGUUUGUAUACCAAUGUGUCUUAGACCUUGAGAAAUAUUGGUAGUUAAAUAUCUCUUAUAGAGAGCAACCACGAAUUAAUACAUCAACCAUUGAUGUGCCCGCAUUACGUGAACUUCCUGAGGGAACGUUUGGAAAAGAAUAUACAAAGUUUUUAGACAAAAACGUGAGUAUAAUCUCAUGCAUGUAUAUUAUAUACUUUUUUUGCAACUAAUCAAAAAUAAUUUGCAGUUUUUUGCGAGAAGCAGGAACAGGGGCUGUGUAGCUUGGGAGUUGUGAUAGGGGACUGGGUCACGUACCAGAGGGAAUGUUCUGAGCAAUUGGCCAUUGGGUGUGAGAAAGUCAAUUUUGACAAUAGGAAACCAAACUCAGAGCUUGACGGAUUGAGAUUUAUUUUGAUAAAUAAAUUUGGCAGGAAAAUAGCAAAACAACACAAAGUUUUAAAAUAGUAAAGAGAAUGUUAUAGAAAAGAGACACCUAUUAAAUCUGGUGGGUAAAUAUUGCAAAAAGAUACACUGGGAAAAAUUGAAAUUUUCUACUAUACUACACGGCAAAAAGCGCCGAGCCCGUUGCUCAACAGGAUUGAACAAUGUUUUGCUGCCCACGUUGUUCACACUUGUCAACAAUAUUGAACAGUAUUGUUGAGCCUGAAUCGGGUGUAACAAUAUUGUUCAAUAUUGUUGACAACUGUGAACAAUGUGGGCAGCAAAACAUUGUUCAAUCCUGUUUUCGUCAGUAUCGCAUCAACCUGAGCGUUUUUUUUUGCCGUGUAGCGUGCACAAGACCUUCUAACCCAGGUUUACAGUUAGCAGUCACUUGCAGGUAAAAUGGUUACCUCGGAUCCCAACAUCUGACACAUGAGUAGUAUCAAGUAUCUGAGGGAUGAUAAUAUAAAGUUAUGAUCAUGCAUGAUGUAUUGAUUAAAUUAAUUCAUAAAUUCAUGUUAUUUUUUUAAUUUUAGAAAGUAACUCCUGACACCAGACUUCCUGUAAGUUGAUCAUUAAUUUGUUUGAAAAGUUAUACUAUGCACCGGGCUACUAUGGGGCUUUGUACUAUUAUGUUGAUACUGCCAUUUGAUAUGUGCCGCGAUCUGCGAGUACAAAGUAUUCGUUGCCUGCUCUAACCAGGCCUUAAAAUAUCUUUUACAGGGCUGUCUGACAAAAUGUCCGAUGACGUUGAGUUUGGGUCGGACAUAUGUCCGAUGACCUUCAGUUCAGUUUGGCUCGGAAAUAAGUCUGAAUGACACAAAUGAAUAUCAGCACAAUGUAUUCAUUCUGAACGGUAGAUGUUGUGAAGAUAUUAAAUAAUUUGUGUCAUUCAUACUUAUUUCCAAGCUAAAAAUAACUUGCUUGCAAGAACAGCAAUAAGACUUCGACAAGUUAAGCCCGUUUUCCACUUCACCAUUUCGCUCGCCGCCCCGCGCUCGAUUAGCUAGGUUAAAACAACAUUUCCAGUUCACUUUUUAUACGAUACUCAAUAGUCCUCUGAUUUUCCAUUUAACAUACGAGCCUUGCUACUGAUUGAUUUACGUUGGACAAAGCUACAGUUCGGUCGGACACCAAUACACUCGGGUCGGACAAACAGUAAACCUCAGUUUCACUUAUGUCGGACAGAAUGUCCGGUGGCUUCCUCACUACGUCGGACAAUUUCACGAAUGGGUCGGACAAUGUCCGUGACCGACCGAUAUUUUAGGGCCUGGCUCUAACUCUAAGAAUAAUAUGCGAUCUUAGGACUCAUGUCUAAUCACGGAGCACAGCUACGGUGGAAGGGUUAGUUUAGGACUAAUCCCAGCUUUCGGGUUAAGGGAGCGGUCAGUAUUUAUGGUGGGGGGUGGCACCGAAGAGAAAUGUUUUUCGUGGCAAAAAUUUUGCUGACCCAACCAUUAAAAAGUCAAAAAAUUUGAUUACCCAACCUCAAAUAUCAAUUGAAAAAUAAUUACCCACCCCUGGCCAAAAACGUUACAAAAAGAUACCAUUCAGUUGUCACACAUGUCCUUUACCUCUUCUGUGACAUGAGUUUCAUAACGGAUUGUGAAAUUUUCUGCAGUCUAAAGUUUCAUGUUGUCUGCACAUGUACUUUCUUUGGAAACACCAUUUGUUUUGUCAAAAUGAUCAAGAUAGUGACUCUGAUUGAUUCACAUAUAGUAUUGACAAAUGACUGUUGACAUUGCUUUUCAGUCGACGAUAUUUUGACAGUGAGUCAUGUUUUUGAAAUGACAAUAAAUUUUUAUUACCCAACCCUUGAGUUGUUGUGUUUUUCAUUUACCCAACCUUUUACUCACUCAAAAUUUUGUUUACCCAACCUUUUUCUCUUCGGUGCCACCCCCCGCCAUAAAUAAUGACCGCUCCCUAAUCCCAACCAACCCUGUCAACAUUCCCUGUGGGAGGAAACCAGAGUACCCGGAGAAAACCCACGACUUUCGGUAGAGAGCGUUGACUGACUGAACGUCCACAACGCGAAUCGAAUUACCCGCGAGAAGAAAUCAAGAAAUAAUUUGCCACUCGAUUACGUUCUGCUGAGUGGUCCUGUGGCUGUAAUGUGUUCUUAAUUAGAGGAACUUGAAUUUGAGAGCCACUGCUCGAUCUAAGAACUCGAGAAUGUUCCACCAUUUGCAGUUUUAGGUAAUGCUGAAUAGUAGUACGUCACUCGUUCUCUAGGUACGGUUUGUUGAUGAUCCAGAACUGGCUUACAUCAUGCAGAGAUAUCGUGAAAUUCACGACUUUACACACACUUUACUGGGCAUGCCUACCAAGUAAGUCAAACAAUUAUUAGACUAUAUCAUGCAUAAAAGUAUUACUCGUCUGUGAUUAGUUGAUUUCAGUGCAGUUAAUACCAUUUAAACAGCAGUGCAAAAAUCUGUAAUCACAGAGCAAUUUUC